AUGCCCAAGCGGUUCCUCUCCGAUGGGGAGCAGGCCCAAGAGCCGAGGCGGUCGGGACGCAGGAGCGGCGGCAGGACGUCCGCGAGCGAGAGCCUUGAAGUCGGGGGCGUUGAACUUGAAGCUGCGAUAUUGCGUAGGAACAAGGAGGCAGAACUGGAGACUGCACGGCGGAUCACCGCUCUGAAGCAGCGGGAGAUCGACCUCCAAAUCGACCUGGCGGAAAAGGAGCUCGAAGUCGAGCAGGCGAGGGCGGCGGAGGAGUUGGCCAGCGCGAGCAGUGCCAGGGCAGCGCGAAGUUCUGCUGUGGAUACCUCGAGUUCAGAGCCAGAGAGCUCAGAGCUAGAGAGCGAGGAUGUCGAUGGUGGGAGCUGGCCACGCGGCGUGGGAAGUCGUCGUGCGCGAUCGGACGCGGAGGCCAAGCGCAGGCUGGCCAACCACUUCAGUCGAAGUGCCUUCAGCGACGCAGGUGCUGGCGCAGUGGCUCAUCGCAGGCCCGGGUCAGAACAGGGGUCUGGGUCACAGCCUGCACAGCAGCCCAUGCAGCCGAACAUGCAACAGCCAGUGCAGCCUGCAGUACAACCCAACACCUCAGCUCCAGUGCCGAGAGCAAGCCUGCUCAAGUAUCGACCUGCUCCAACCCCAGCCCCACGUGCGAAGCCCAGACGUCUACCAGCUAAGCCAGUCCCGUCAGUGCCUUUGCGACUUGGUCCAGUCCAGCAGGCCUUCAAGCCCAAGGGAGCGGGACCCAGCCCACCACCUAAGCCAGUCCCGCCAGUGCCUUUGCGACUCCGUCCAGUCCAGCAGGCCUUCAAGCCCAAGGAAACGGGACUCAACCCUGCAGCGGAACCCUACUUCCCGCCCACCAGGGCGACCGACCCAGAAGUCGAUUGGGCAGACGGAGCGGCUAUGUUCCAGAUGGGAGUCUGCAGGUCCCUGAAGCCACUGGACCUGCCAAAGUUCGAUGGCAAGAUGCUGUCAUAUGUGAAGUGGCGUCAGCGGUUUCUCCGUCUAGUACACGAGAACCCGCUCUUGUCAGAGGACUAUAAGCUCGCGCACUUGCGGGAGGCACUGGCGGAUAGAGCGGCCGAGGACUUGAUCGCGGACGUGCUAGACGGCCCGGGCGCCUACUCCGCCAUCAUGGAGGAGCUGGAUCGGUGGUACGGGGGCACUGACCGUAGCCUCGAACAGCAGGAACGCGAGCUCAUGAGUUGGCCGCGAAUCAACACGGAGCGCGAGCUGGAUGAGCUGAAGACGCUGGCCGUCAAGCUGAGGAACACGCUGUUGAACCUGCGGGUGGCCAGGAUAGCGCCCGGGCGAGAGCUGUAUCUCUCAGUGACGCAGAAGGUGCCGCGUUCGGUCCUUUCAGCUUACUUUGAGAAGCAGGACGACACCCAGUGUGACAUUGACGCAUUUGCCGCGUUCCUGCUCAAGCGCGUUCACAAGCUCACAAGGGUGAACGAACGGAUCGCGGCUUCGGAGCCAGCCAGUGCACGGCGAGUCGUGCAGUCCCAGAAGCCAUGCCCACCCAGCGUCGCGCCCAAGCGUCCGCCACGGUCAGGAGACUUCACCUUCGCGGUCGGUCCAGACCAGUGCGCAAGCUGCAAGGGCACGCAUCACCUGAGCGCGUGCCCGAGGUUCAAAUCUCUGACGGUUCAGCAGCGAUGGGAAUUUGUGCGCGCCUGCAAGGACAUCUGCAGCUGCUGCCUGUCGCCUGGCCAUUGGUCCACGGCAUGCAAGAUGAGCUGUGGCGCCUGUCAACGACGACACCACGCACUGCUGCACUCCAACAGGCCAAAGCGAGAUGCGCCCGGUGGCACCAAGCCGACCAAGCCAGCACCAGCGGAGAGACACGGUCGUCACACGGCUCACGUCACAGUUGACGCUUCAACCGAGUCGUGUACGGAGGCACACACCACACACGUGACGUCUGCUCUCGACACCGCCAUGGCAACAGCUGAGCGGCGUGAGGAGGACAAACCGCCCGAAGCAUUGCCGCUGUCGUUCAUGACGGUACCUGUUGUCCUCAGCCACAACGGCAGGAGGGUGCAAGGCACUGCGCUGCUGGACCCUGCGUCGUCCACCAGCUACAUCAGGCAGCAGACCGCUUCUGCCAUUGGCGUGUGUGGCCCACGAAAGCAGCUGACGGCGUCCGUCCUGGGCGGCGGGCAAGUGACCGGUACGUACGAGCACGUCACCGUCGCGGUCGACAAAGCUGACGGCUCGAUAUCGGAGUUCCGCGCCUGGGCGCUGCCAACAGUGUGCCCGAGCGUGCAGCCGGUGGACUGGAGCCAGAGCAAGCAGAGCUGGGAGCAUCUCCGCGACAUCCCGUUCCCCUCAGUGGAGGGGCGGAUCGACGUGCUGAUCGGUCUCAACGCCAUCGAGCUGCACACCGUACGGCAGGAAGCCACUACAGCGCAGCCUAACCACCCGAUUGCCCGACUCACCCCACUGGGCUGGGUGUGUUUGAGCCCAGGAAGAGCAGAUUUGGCCCCUGCCAGCUUCUCAGCAGUCGUCACGCCUACAUCAGAGGAUCUGAGCCUCGAGACGCUCGUCCGAAACCAUCUCGGCAUGGAGUCAGCCGGCGCACGGCCGCCUUGCUACGACGCUAUGCCAUCUGCUGAGGACAGCCAGGUGGAGGAGCGCACCAACGCAACGGCCCGGUUCGUCGAUGGAAGGGUGGAGUUGGGCAUUCCGUGGGUUGAUCCCGAGCCCCACAUCUCCUCCAACCGGCCGCAAGCCGCGCAACGACUGCGCAGCCUGGAACGCUCACUGAACAGCCGCCCGAGAGUCCAACAGCAGUACCACGACGUCAUGCAGAGCCAUCUCGACAAGGGGUACAUCCGUGAAGUGCCCAGCAGGGAGGUGGACGCCGAUGGUGCUCAGCAAUGGUUCCUGCCGCACUUUCCGGUCGUCCGCAACGACAAGGAGACGACCAAGGUGCGGAUCGUGUUCGACGCCGCGGCCAAGUGGGACGGGCGAUCGAUUAAUGAUGAAAUGUUCAGCGGCCCGGCACUUCAGACCGACAUUGUCAAGGUCCUGAUCCGGUUCUGUGCCGAGCCUGUAGCACUUGUAGCUGACAUCUCGGAGAUGUUUCUCGAAGUGGCUCUCAGGGAAGAGGACCGCAAAUACCACCGGUUUCUCUGGCGCUUCGACGACAACCAGCCGCGGGUGUAUGAGUUUCAGCGUGUGGUGUUCGGCAUCAAGGCCUCGCCUUACCUGGCGGGCAAGGCAGUCCAGGAGGUACUGCGCAGAUUCGGCCCGCAAUACUCAGCCGCAAUUACCGACGCUCUGGAGCGGAGCCGCUAUGUCGACGACCUGCUGACAUCGCGCCCAUCGGUGGCCGACGCAGUGGAGAGCCGCGUCCAGUUCCAGGACAUCCUGUCGCGCGGCGGGUUUCACCUGCGCAAGUGGCUGUCCACCAGCGCGGAAGUCCUGCAGAGCAUACCAGCUGCUGAUCGAGCCGCAUCCGCUACACUCAAUGUCGGUGAGCAUUUCCACUGCACUCUGCCUACUACGAAGACGCUGGGAGUCACCUGGUCAGCGGAUAAAGACGUCUUCAGCUUCCAUUUCAAGCGACCAGAGUUCACCAAGCUGACACGGCGCUCCGUCCUCAGCGGCCUGGCGUCGGCGUUCGAUCCUCGUGGGCAAAUUGCGCCGUUCACAAUCCGUGCCCGCGUGCUGCUGCAGGACACUUGGUUGCUGGACCAGGCGUGGGACGAUGAGCUUCCUCCCACACACGCCAGAAAGUGGAGGGAGUGGUUUGACGAGCUGCCCGACCUGGCCGCCAUCAACGCGCCACGCAGUUUCAAGGCGGCUACAGAGUCCAUCCUCUCCGUCCACACGUUCACGGAUGCGUCUGACCGUGCCAUCGCUGCGGCGACCUACAUCCGCGCAGAGGAUGCAGCCGGCAAUGUGCGGGUGACGCUCGCCAUGGCCAAGGCCAAGACAGCCCCGGCUCGUCGGCAGACCAUCCCCCAGCUGGAGCUUCGCGGCGCCGUCUUGGGUCUGCGGACCAGCAGCGAAGUUGGCAACGCUCUGGACAUCCCGGUCGCCGAGCACACGUUCUGGACGGACUCCAUGAACGUGUUGGGGUGGAUCCGCUCGCACAGCCGCAGGUUCAAGGUCGACAUCGGCAACCGCGUCUCAGAGCUACAGAACGCCACGAAGCCCUCCCAGUGGAGGCACGUACCCGGCAAGCAGAACCCCGCCGACAAGGGUACCCGUGGGCUACCAGCGAAGGAGUUGGCGGAGGACCGGGUGUGGUGGCACGGACCCGCAUUCCUGUCGCAGCAACCAGACGUAUGGCCGCCUGAGAAGUCAGCGUCCACAGAAGGUCUGCCAGGCGUCAUCCAGCGGGAGACCACGUUCACGCUUGCCGUCACGUCAACCACUCGCCUCCAGGCGUCCAGAUACCGCACCUGGGAGCAGCUGCUCAGGGUGACUGCGUGGUGCUACCGGUUUGUCAGCCGAUGCCGCCGCAAGCCGCGCGUCGGCAUGAAGGGGGAGGAUACCAGCAGCGAUCAAGACGUCACCGUUGCAGUGUCGACUUCGCGAGCAGCCAACUCGAACUACCCUACUGUCAACGUGCCAGAGCUGACGGCGGGUGAGGUAGGCCGCGCUGAGAGGCACUGGAUACGACAGGCGCAGAAGGACGCGUACGGCCCAACCCUGGAGCGUCUGGCCGCCGGAAAGCCAAUGCAGGCUAGCGACCCGCUGGCGGCGCUAACCCCGACGCUAGAUCAACAUGCUGAACCGCUGAUGGUGGUCGGAGGCCGUUUGAAGGCUGCGAAACACUUGCCAUAUCGUGUACGCUUACCGAUCAUCCUGCCUCAGAAGCACGUUGUCACGCGGCUGCUGAUCGAGAAGGAGGACCGGAGGUGCCGCCACAGCGUGGGACCUCAGCAUCUGCUGUCCAACCUGAGGGAGAGGUUCUGGAUAGUAAACGGGGCAUCAGCAGUCAAGACGGCACGCCAGUCGUGCGUUCCGUGUCGGAAGAACUGGGGUGUACCGGCGGCGCAGAUCAUGGGCGCUCUGCCGGACUUUCGGACUGCCGGGUCUCUCCAACCAUUCUCGCACUGCGGCAUCGACUUUGCCGGGCCGUUCCAGACAAAGCAAGGACGAGGCAGAACCCGAGCGAAGCGCUACCUCUGUCUCAUGACGUGCCUGGAAACCCGUGCCUGCCAUCUGGAGCUCACCUACUCCAUGGAUACCGGGGGGUUCCUCAUGGCGUUCAACCGCUUUGUUAAGCGGCGCGGCACGCCAAGCAUCAUCGUCACCGAUAACGGCUCAAAUUUCGUCGCGGCUGAACGGGAGCUACGAGAAGCCGUGGAGCAGCUCGAUCGCGCAGAGAUCGCGCGCAGUCUCGCUGAUCGACACAUCCGGUGGAGGUUCAACCCACCCAGAGCACCGCAUUUUGGAGGCGUCUUCGAAGCUAUGAUUAAGGCAGCGAAGCGCGCUCUGAGAUCCGCACUGGCCACCGCUGAGCUCACUGAUGAGGAGCUACACACCGCCAUCGUCGCCGCAGAGGACCUCAUCAACUCCCGUCCGCUGACAACAGUCAGUGCCGACGCCGCCGACCUCGAGCCGCUGACUCCGCAGCAUUUCCUCGCAGGACGCUGCGACCCACCUCUGCCGUUGGAAGAGAAACUGAACGCCACAGAGCAAGUCCACCCCAGAGAUCGCUUCGCCGUCGUGCAGCGCACAGUGAAGGAGGUCUGGAGGAGAUGGCUCCUGGAGUUCGUCCCACUGCUGAACCAGCGCAGGAAGUGGCGCAAGACGCAGAAGAACAUCGCUGUCGAUGAGGUGGUGCUGUGUAUCGAGCCCGACACACCCCGGGGCAGUUGGCCACUGGGCAGGGUGAGGCGUGUCUUCCCCGGACCAGACAGUUGCGUCAGGGUGGUGGAUGUUGAGAUCCGGGGUAAGAUCUACCGGCGAGCCAUCCAACGCCUCAUUCCGCUCCCGGUGGAGUGA